CCUAACACGAAUGAGACUGUCGUCGUGCAACCUUGCAUUCUUGAGUCUGGGAGUUGUCCUGCUCUUCGACGUCCUCUGCGAAGGGUACGUCAACGUUGCCCAUCAUGCAGCAUUGAGUGGAGUUGGGCGUGCUCAAAUCAAGAAGAGCGUUGCGAGCAAGAGGCCCCGAUCUUCCAGCGUGCGCAACGUCUUCCUUCCACCUGGUGGAAUUCCUCCAGUUGAUGAUGACUUUGAAGAGUCUCCCAAGAAGCAAAGGUCCCCCGCGUCCCCCGGGUUGAUUCGACCGGGAGCGUGCCCAGUCUCACUCCCUCCUUGCAGGUCAGAGGCAGGAAGGCGGCAAAGUGAAUGGGAUGACAGGAACAGCCCGAUCAGAGAUUACCAUCCUGUGACAGGAUCGAACCUCGCGAGCCCGGAUGAGCUGAAUGAGCUGCUAAGACCGACUGGACUUGACCGUCAUCGGCUGAAACUUCAUCCGGAUGAAGCCUUCGGAGCGAUCUUCAGGUUCGAAGGGGUCCUAUCAGACACUCUUCCCAUCCACAAGUCGGCCUGGACCAAGGUUGCGGAGGAGAUGAACUUGCGGAUCCCCGAGGAGAACGAUGUGAAGAUGGCGAUGACGAUGCCGGCAGAGAAAGCGAUUCAGAGAGUCAUGUACUGGACUCAAGACUGGGGAGACACCAAGAGGAUUGCUUUCCGCAAGGCCGAGCUCUUCUUCGAGUGCUGGCAGCAAUACGAUCAUGCUUGUUUGGAGGAGACGAAGGAGUGGCUGGAGAAGCUGUACAAGGCCUCCAUUCCGAUCUGCGUCUGCUCUGAGAUGGACGUCAACUCCCUCAACGUCUCGCUCACCAAGAUGGGAAUCUCGCAAUAUAGCAUUGCGAUGGUAACGGCUGAAGAUGACUGCGACACCCGAGCACAGAUGUAUCUCAGCGCAGCUCUCAAGCUGAACAGACCUCCUCAGUUCUGCGUGAUCUUUGAUGACGAUCCGGAAAGCAUCAGCUCCGCCCAUGACAUAUCUGCUCAAUUCUUGGCAGAUACGCGCGAUGGGAGCUAA